UUCCAAAAGUCUUUCCAUAAAAAGUGCUUUUCCAAACCCCUUCUUCCUUCUUUCCUUCUCUGUCACCGCUCUCACCAACACCAACACCAACACCACCACCAACACCACACCCCUUCCCUCUCCCUCUCAAACCCUCCUUUUCCUCACCGCAAACCCUCAAAUCCGUACCGCGUUUGGAUCUCAGUUAAAAGAAAACCAUUAAAAUGUAGCGAGAGAAAAAGAAAACACUCGUAGAGAAUCAGUGAUUAAGUAAGCAAAUGGCUUUCCACGACCAUCUCCACCACGAAAUAGCGUUCCAGCGUUUCACGGAGCAGCAACAACUAACCGAGAAUAGAGACAUGCAACAGAGGUUGCCACCGACAUGGCUCAACAACGUUAACGCUGCGCAUCAGCGUCAGCAGAAUUUUCUCGACAGCACCGAGAAAAGCGUGGAUCGGAACCUAAACGAAAGUAAUUGUGAAUCCGAGGAUUUAAGGGGAUACAAAGCUGACAUUUUGGGACACCCUCUCUACGAUCAGCUUCUAUCAGCUCACGUUUCGUGCCUGAGAAUUGCCACACCCGUCGACCAGCUUCCUAGGAUCGAUGCUCAGCUUCAGCAGUCACAGCGCGUUGUUGAAAAAUACUCUGCACUUGCAAAUGCUGUUGUUGAUGAGAAGGAGCUUGAUCAGUUCAUGACACAUUAUCUUCUAUUGCUCUGUGCCUUCAAAGAACAAUUGCAACAACAUGUCCGUGUUCAUGCCAUGGAGGCAGUGAUGGCUUGUUGGGAUCUCGAACAGUCUCUACAAAGCUUGACCGGUGUAUCUCCUGGUGAAGGAACGGGUGCAACAAUGUCAGACGAUGAAGAUGAUCAGGCAGAAAGCAAUGGGAACUUAUACGAAGGAAGCAUUGAUGGCACUGAAACUCUUGGCUUUGGUCCUCUUGUCCCCACUGAGACUGAAAGAUCUUUGAUGGAACGAGUCAGGCACGAGUUGAAGCAUGAGCUAAAACAGGGAUACAAGGAGAAGAUUGUGGACAUAAGAGAAGAAAUUCUAAGGAAGAGACGAGCGGGGAAGCUCCCAGGGGACACCACAUCCCUUUUGAAAGCUUGGUGGCAAGCACAUUCUAAGUGGCCUUACCCCACUGAGGAAGACAAGGCUCGAUUGGUACAAGAAACAGGGUUGCAAUUAAAGCAGAUAAAUAACUGGUUCAUAAAUCAAAGGAAAAGGAACUGGCAUACUAACCCUUCAUCUUCCACCAACUCCAAAAGCAAGCGCAAGAGCAGUACAGGAGAAACCAGUAACCAGAGCUUCAUGUGAAUGGGUAGCAUAUUUUGAAUAAAAAUUAUUGGUAUUCUCCAAUUCAUGCAUGCUCGUGGGAUUCACCGAUCUUAGCGUACGUCCUACCUGAACAUGAAACGAGGGAAUCUAAGAUGUAAAAGGGAAAUUCAUGAUAAAAUAACUGUUGACAAAUAGUGUUGGUUUAAUUACAGAAACCCUAGUUGUUGUAUAUGAGGUUGCUGCUGCUUGAUAUCUGAUAUUGAUGCAGGCACAAUCUGUUCGAUUUAAUGGGUAGCAUGCUGAUACAUUUUUUUUCUUAUUGAAAGAAUUAGAAUUAUCUAGAAGUAAAUCUUAAAAAUUUGAAUUCUUAU